AUGGGUCUGGUCCUGCUCUCCACCCUGGCGGUUCCCUGUUUCGAUGGCAGCUUCCUCCCAAAGGAGGAAAGUCAGUUUCUGCACGAUGUCAUGGGUGAUCUGGAGACAUACACAGAGAAAAGCAACCGGAAAAGCGUGCUCCUGUUCCCCCCUCUACCCAGCAGGCUGCGUUACCUGAUUCACAGGAAAGUAGAAGACCUGCCAGAACUCACAUCCUUCUCUGUCGGGGAGAGCUGGUGCCGCAGUGUGGUUGUCUGCCAUUCUGAGCUCAGGGUUGAGUUUGAGGAUGACAGUGAUUAUGAGAACAACACCUGCUUGUUUGAAGAGCUCCAAAUUUGUAAAGAGGAGAUUAAAGCCAACAUCAAGCCUAAACCUUUGGUCCCAUCACGAAGCCGAACACCUAAGAGGCCGGACCAGCCCCUGUACAUGCCACGGGCUGCCCGGGAGAGGUUGACUCUGCAAAACCCAGAAAGCUCUGCUGAAGACAAAGACUUCCAAAGUUCAGAUCAUUGUAGCAGUAUCUCUAUCGGCAGUCCAUUAAAGCCUUUCUCCUCCCCUGAAAAUACAGAAAAUACAAAGUACCCGUACGCUUCCGCGCAUGAACCAUGUACCAGUAUAGCAGACAGUGAAGCUGAGACUUCUUUAAACAGUUCAGCACUAGACCUGCAGGAAGGGAGACAGCAGGUGGCGACAAGGCUCCAUGAAAGCGAGGACAACGAGAGGGAGGACCUCACUAGUGAGACAAACAGUCUUAAAACAGAAAACACAGAGACGGAUGACAUAACUGAACAGAUCAAGGCACAUCUAAAGGAGCCAGAUACUGUUUGUGUUGAGCACGUUCACAAUGACUACUCCCUCUUUGAGAAUGUGUCUUUCAACGCGGAUGACUUUCGCCAUGUAAUUGAGAUCUACGGCUUCCCAGCUUUUUUCAAGACGGAUGACCUUCUCAGCGCUUUUGCAGACUACAGUGAUGGUGGAAUUAAGAUCAAAUGGGUUGACAACACGCAUGCGCUUGGGGUUUUCUCCAGUGAGGGAGCAGCGAUCCAUGCCCUCUCCAUCCACCACCCACUGCUGAAGGCAAGAGCUCUCUCUGAAGGGAGUAAAAAAGCCCAAGGGAAGGCUAUCAGACGGGCAGAGUUUAUCCAGCCAGUGAAGGAACGUCCCAGGACAGACUGUGCUGUUGCCAAGCGGUUGGUCACAAGAGCUUUGGGCAUACGAGAACAAGGCCGAGUCCAGCGAUAUUGAGAGACAUUAACUUUCAUACAUUACAGAAACAUUCAGCCGACAUGUGUCUCCAUCUUCAGAGUCACUGAAAAGUCUCGAGACUGUAGGUGUCAAAAUGAUCACGAGGAGGACGAAUGCUGUCCAUCAGCGUUUGCUUCAGUAGAACAGGUUAACAAAAGGGAGGAAGGAGAUUGACCGGCCUCGUGUCACUAACAUCAACCAUGACGGAGAACCGUGAGGAAGACGUGAAACAACAGGGCCCUUCAUCGUUGACGUUCUGAAGCCAGGCCGACUCCCAGGGCAGGAACGCCUGAUGUUCCCUGUCGGCUUCACGCCAUGACAGGAAUGGAUACAGUGGACAUUUCAGAUGGUUCUAACGUGGAAGAAGCUUCUAGCCUUUUAGAUUUUAUUGCAUGUUCACACUAAACUAACUAUUUAAAAUUUUCUAUGCAGUUUAUUAAAUGAUGUGUCUCCUAGUUUCUCAGAUGUUGCAGAACUAGUUCUCUUGAUUAGUCAAUUAUUUUAACUUGAAAUUCCUCCAUGAGUCUCAGGACUGAGCUGAAGAAGCAUACUGCAGUUGGAUUUGUGUUUUAUUAAUUUUAAAACAGUUCUUAAAUAUUCAACAUUAUCAGUAUAAUUUCUUUGGUUUAUCAAACAGAACUGUUUGGUGAGGUUGGAAUUCUUCCAUUUUUGCUUGUCUGUAUUUUGAACCUUGGAAAGUUUGAAUGUUAUUGUUCUAGUAGAGUUACUGGCAUACUGAUUUAACAUAUAUCCCAUAUGUGGACAUUCAUCUGAACAGUGUCAGUUAGAACUGUAAAUGUUGGUGUUUAAAUAUUAGAGGAGAUGAGGUUGGUAUGCGCUGAACAUUAAUAUUAACAUCCGUUUGCUGAGAUUGUCUUAAACCACAGGAUUGGUUGUUUGCUGUGGUAGUUUCAGGGAAAGAGACAUUUAUUCAUGGUAUUCAUUGCUGCACAGUUCCAAGAAAACAUGCACACUGUACAUAGUUUUCAAAUGUGAUUCUUUAUGUUAAAGAAACUUUGGUGUUCAUUAUUAUAUUUCUGACCAGUAAAGUAAAAAAAUCUCAUUUGAGUUCAAAAUGGGACGGUAUCAAGUGUAUUAAUAUAAGAACGAUGUAGUUAUCUGUUUCAAGUUCCGAACCUCUUGAAUAAACUGUCCUUGGAAAAUACAGCGCAGCAUUAGGGCUGGGCGAUAUGGACCAAAAGUCAUAUAUCUUGAUAUUUUCUAGCUGAAUGGCGAUACUCGAUAUAUAUCGAUAUUUUUUGUGUGCCAUAAUUGGGGUUUCCCCCAAAGCAUUAUAGCAUAGCAUCUCUGUUAGCUUCAUUUUUCCUAAGGCAAACCCUUAAACAGUCAGUUUUAAUACAAUGCCUCGUGCCAAAUGUCACACAGGUACAUUUAAUAGCAGAGGU